AUUUCCGCUCCCCCACCCCCAUGGGCUUCUAGGGCCAAGUGGGGAUUCCAGCCCUCUUCUCCAGAGUCCUAGUUUAUCACUCUGUCUAGUACACCACACUUUAUAGCUGUUUAUUUAAAAAAAUUUGCUGUUUGGCUUCAGACAGUGCAGAAUCUUUGGUUCCCCACGCGGCCUCUGCCCAACCGUGUGGGGACUUGGUCCUGACUGUCUCUCUCCUCCUCCUCCUCCUCCUCCCAGGAAGAUGCUGGCCAAAGGCGUGAAGAGGAAGCGGAGUGAAGAGGAGGCCGAUCCCCCCUCCAGCUCUCUCUUCAGCCUCUCCGUCUCCAAGCUCCACCAGAGCCUGCAACGCAUCGAGCCCAACCUCCGGCGCCUGGUGCUGGUCGCCAACACGCUCCGGCGCCUCCAAGGCGAGAUGCAGCCAGUCCCGCUGGUCCUCAACGAGGCAGCCCUGCCUGCUGUCGAAGCCAGCUCCGUCUCCCGGCACUGCACGGGUGGUGUCCCUGCCUGCACUCUUUCGGACACUUGCAGAAGUCCCCUCCCCUCCCCUUCUCCCGCCUCCCACGUGGAUGAACUCCUGUUCUCCAGUAUGGACCUCUCUGUCUUCUCCACCCUUCUGGAGGACUUGAAUGCCACAGAGGGCUUGGGGGACUCCCUGAGCCCUUCCCUCGUGCAGCCGGAAGGUUUGUUCAGUCCAGAGUCCGCACGGACAUCCCCCCCAGGCCCUCCCACCCCACUGGAGAUUCUGGGCCCUGGUGGCUACCUCCUGGAAGAUGGCCUGGAGGACAUUUUUGAGGACAUUGACACCUCCAUGUAUGACUCCAACUUCUGGUCACCCAUCAGCCUUCCUGGCCUCAAGGAGGGCUCCUCUAGCCCUGUGCAGGAGAGGUCCGAUCUAGCCGACCUUGAUUAUCUCAUGGACAUUCUUGUGGAAGCUCAGGAGCUGUGAUGGAGGGGGUGACUCUGUGUGUGUGUCUGUGUGUGUGUGUGUGUGUCUGUGUAGAGGAACGGUUCAAUUUUGCAGUGGAGCAUGUGCAUGGAAUCCUAUGAGAUACAGCCAUCCUGGGAUUAGGGGUUCACGAGUGUUGAAUGCUGGAAAUGGGUGUAAAGGAAGGGGCAGCCAGUGUCCCUCAUGAAGUUGCCACCAUGUGUGGCGGAGUGCCUGCAUCCCAUCUUCUCUAGAGGUGUUCCUUUCUCAUGUGAGAAAAUACCACCCAACAAAACCAAGCAAACACACCCAGUUUCCAAUCCUUCUGCCUCUACUGUGCUACAACCCUACUGCCUUAAGCAUCAGAGUCCCUGAAGAAACAGGACAGGGCUGGGUAAAAACAAGUAAUCAACAUGCUUCUAAAUGGCUUUUUGGAGAGAAGGAAGGAAGGAAGGAAGGAAGGAAGGAAGGAAGGAAGGAAGGAAGGAAGAUAGAUUCGUCCUUGACUGCUGUCCCCAGCUUCUCCCUCAUCUCAAAUUGCAGGGAAGUCUGAGUGAAGAACGUAGACAUGCUUAUGAAACAUGUGCACACAAAGUUUGUGCAUUCAGACUCUACCUGGGAGGAAGAGUGCUACCUCUUGCAAGGCGAAUGCUCGUGCAACUAAGAAGCAUACUUCUAAUUUACUGUAUGAAUGCCAACGACCUCCUCUUUCUUUCUUUCUUUCUUUCUUUCUUUCUUUCUUUCUUUCUUUCUUUCUUUCUUUCUUUCUUUCUUUCUUUCUUUCUUUCUUUCUUUCUUUCUUUAAGACAAGCCAUGUAUUGUUAAACUGCCUUUGAAAUGACCAAAUACAGUAUAUAAAUGUUGGAAAAGAA